UAAUUUAAAGCAGUCUCUAGUCGGUUUGCUUUGCUUCAAAGGGGGCAAACAGAAAUAAAGAAGCUGCAGAUGGAGAGUUUUAAUUUAGCUUAGUUUUAGUCAUGGCUCUGUGGACAUUAGUCAGUUCAUCACUUUGGUUUAGAUUUAACACUCUUCGUGUGGCUGUCUUUUCAAUCCGUGUAUGGUUCGCUCAUUCGUUUUUCCAUUUCAAAAUAAAAUGAGAAAAAACAAAUAAUCACUUUUUUGUUUUUCGUUUAAAACCAGCUCUAAACUGUUCUUCCUCGGCGACUUCCGGUGUUGCUACAAAAUAAAACUGCAGCUGUAUUUUGUAUUUCAGUUUUAAUAAGCUAGAGCAAAAACACUGUGUUUUUUCAUUAGUUAAAUAAUGCAUCUCUACAUUUAGGUUUUAAAAACGGAAAAACAAAAAACAUCGUGGUUUAUUGUUUUUUUUUGUUUUAUUUUGAAACGGAAAAACGAAUGAGCGAACCAUCACGGAUUUUUUCGGUCCAUGUUUAUUUUAGUAAUUGGAUUUUCCGUUCUGAAACAGGUAUUGAAAAACAAAAAACGAGUGGUUAUUUGAUUUUCAUUUUAAAAUGCAAAAAAUAAAGUUGAAAUACAAGGCGUUUUUCCUUUUCAUGAUCAAAAAGGGAUAUACGAAAUUUUUAAAAUGCUUUGAUUUUCAUUUUAUAUUUAGAAUAACAAAAAAAUAACAUCAGCAAGAGACAGAAACGAACAAAGGUCCGUUUUUUCAUUUUCUGAGACCGGAAGUGGUCAUCAGCAAGUGUGGAGCCAAACGACAGCAAGAUGCUCAGAGGGCGGAGCCAGAGAGCAGUGAUUGGUCAGACUAUAGAUGUAUAUAGAAGACAGCGCUAGCGGAUCUAGUCUAUAUAUAUCUAUGAUCAGCUCGUCUGCUAGCAUCUCUGGCUGCUGUUGACCUUGUUUUUGGAGUAAAACACGGUAAGAAGAUAAAUACUUCUAACCAGUAGCGUUGUUUUGUUGUACGUUAAGUCAGCGACUUGUGAAGAGUUGUGUUUUGUCGUGUUUGAGCAGUUGGUCCGGACACGUUAGCUAGCUAAGCGGCUAAGUUAGCUAGCGGGCUAAUUAACACAGGUGGCUAACUUACCGCUGAACACCUGUGUUAGUUGCUGCUGCAGCUGCCCUCAUUAUUAGAACGAACUCCUCAACCUGUAUUUCUCUGCUGUGUAUUUAGCUUUUAAAAAAGUUAUUUUACUUUAAGGUUAACUGAAACCCGUUCAGCUGCACUGAAGUUUAACAUUCAGCUGCUUUGAAUUAAAUCAAGCUUAACUUAACAUUGCACAUUACCUCUGAAUCUUCAUUAUUUCAUUAAAUUCCUUCUCUCUUCCACUGCUCAAGUUCAAUCCAGUAUAUAAAGUGACAUUAAUAGUGAAUAAACUAACAACCAGCCAUUGUAUUUAUUUAUUAUUGCAUGUAUUUGUAGUAAAACACGAGUUGAAACGUCCUACUUUUGGAUCUAGAACUGCACAAGAAGUUCAUUUUCAGUCACCUGACGAGUUAAACUCCCCUUUUUAUGUGAGGUUGAAGCAGAAAGUCUGAGUUAACAAAGAAAGUUGUUUAUAAUUUGUGAUACCUGUUAUCUCUGACUGAGGCUUUAGUUUCUGUUGAGGUGAUUUACACGUAGAAACUUUGUUCAGGAAGAUUUCUCAGUAGCUCAGAGGACAGGCUGCUUUUUACACAACCUUGUAAGAGAAUGUCUGUCAAUGCUUUCAGCAGAAUUUAGAAACACAACACUUCCUAAACAGAUAUUUUGAGGCUGUGAGGUUGAACGUUUGAGAGUAUAUCAGUGUGUUUGUUUGUGGUCUUUCUGUUUCUAGGUGGAAGCUGAAUUAGUGAGGAUGACUCCUGCUCCUGUCAUCUCUAAGCUCCUCCCACAUCUUUACCUGCACAUGAGGAAAUCACUCCUGUAGAAUGCAGAUGUUCAGAGGGAGAUGAUGCCACAUCUGGUCCAGCUGAUGGAAGGUCUUGAAGUUCUCUGACUGGCCUGGACUGAAGAUGGUCGUCUCACUGGAUUUAAGGUUCAGAUGCUCAGUAACAAACUCCACCAAUGAGCCAACAGGGAAGUUUUAGGUUUAUUAAAUGUUGCUAUGAAGGUAUCACUGUUUUUCUUUGUGAAUGCAAUGUGCUCCAACUGAAACUUGAAUUAAAACUUAGAAGUAAAUGGUUCCAUCUGAAAGGAUUUAGUUGCAUUAAUAAGCUCAUAAUAUUCUAAUUUUUAUUCCAGUCUUGGUUGGAAAUAGAAUCUUAAACAUCACUCCUGCUUCAAGAACCCUAUGAUCGCUUCCACCUUGUCUGCUUGGUGGAAAGCACUGGAAACCACAGGCUCCCAAUUAAAACCCAGUAUACUCUCCCCAAUCUGGCACAACCCUGAUUUUGCAAACAACAAAAUAGCUCUUUAUUUCAGCACAUGGGCAGAGAGAGGAGUCACUCACCUCCAUCACCUUCUGGAUGAUAACACAUUUAGGACAUAUAUAAACUUAUUCCAAACAUUUGAAAUAAGAAAUGGAAAUUUUCUUCAGUACCUACAGGUAAAGAAGACGAUUACAAGUAGAAUUCCAUCGCUUCAGACUACUUUACAGCCAACGGAUUUACAGCCACCUGAAUUUGUCGACUACAUUGUGAAACUCUCUCCAAGAAAUAAGAAGAAUCUCUCAAAAAUUUAUGGUUUACUCUCAAAGACACACUCUAUACACCUACCAACUCAAAAAUGGGAAAACGACGUAUCCAAAUCUUUUGACUCUGAUUUUUGGACCCAAAUCUGUGAAAACACAUUUAAAAUGACUAAAAACACCAACUUACAAUUGAUCCAAUUUAAGGUGCUUCACAGAACGCAUAUAACGCAAUAUAAACUGUAUAAAAUGGGCUUCUCACGCUCAGACACAUGUACGCAAUGCACCCAAAACAUGACUGACACUUACUUUCACGCUCUGUGGCUUUGUACACCCGUCUAUCAAUUCUGGGUAACAAUCACGCAGAAACUCUCCAAAAUUUUGGACUGCGGGAUUCCACAUUCCCCGAACGUUUGCCUAAUUGGUGAUCUAACGCAAACAGCCCUUCCAGACAUUCAUAUCCAACCCACACUUGCAGCUAUCGCCAUUGCCAAAAAGACAAUUUUAGUUAACUGGAAAGAUAAGAAAGCCCUCAACAUCAUCCAUUGGCUGAACCUCCUCACAGAACACAUUUCACUUGAGAGAAUAUCUGCUAUCAGAAAAAACCAAUUGGACUCCUUCAAAGAAAAAUGGUCUCCAUUUAUUAAAUCGAUAAAUAUUAAUCUAUAGCCUCCGCUUGUAUGUGGGCGUAUGCCAUUUCCCUCAUAAAAUUGUAAUUAUUAUUCUGUCUGUGUGUAUGGUCUGACUUCUCUCUGCUUUAUUUCAGUUUAUUAACCCUCUACCUUUUUAAGUAGGAUGGCACCAUGGACUUCAAGCCUGUGUGCAUGCACUAGUGGUGUCCCUUCCCUAUUGCUCUUGGGGUCGCUCUCUGGCUCUGCGGGGCCGGCGUGGCUCGGGCCCCUCUGCCUGGGGGUGGGUGUCCCCGGUGUCUCUCCCUUCGAGCCCUGGGUCUGCUGGGUCUAUGCGCUCUCCCGGGGCCUUGGGGGUGGCGGCGGCUGGUCUCUUCUGGGGCGCCCUGGCUGGCCCUGGGGUUUGGGGUGGGUCGGCCCUCCGGUCGCUCCCCUGUCCUUUCCUGCUCUGCUUCCCUCCUCCUCCCUCCUCUCCUGCCUGGCCGCUCGUCCUCAUCCCUCUCC